ACUUGUGUUCUGUUCUGUUAGAGAAGAUAAGAAGAUACUACUGGCUUGACUAUUGACCAAACCAAGUACACUCUUUUUGUAAGUAGGUCCUGCAUGGGGUGAUGUAUUAUUCAGUGAAAAGAUUUUGAUCAGGAAAGGAGAAAAUAAAUGUAUUAACCUUAGCUACGAGGGCAGAAAUAUUUGAAGAAACCAAGAGAGAAAUCCAGUGAGAACCGUUAAUAAGGAAAUGGAGGAAAUAAAAGAAAAGAAAGAGAUUCAAAGAGAGAAGGAACGAGAAGAAGAUGAAGAACAAAAUAGCGAAUUGGUGUCGAGGAGAGUUCAAGAACCAUGGACAAGACAAAUAACGUUAAGAGGAGUUUUUGUGAGCAUUGUGAUUGGAAGUAUAUUCAGUAUCAUAGUAAUGAAAUUAAACCUCACAACUGGUAUAGUCCCUCAUCUCAACGUUUCUGCUGCACUUCUCGCCUUUGUGUUUAUCAGGACAUGGACAAAACUUCUUCAAAAAGCUGGUUUUGUAACAAGACCUUUCAGUAGGCAAGAGAAUACCAUGAUACAAACCUGUGCUGUUGCAUGUUAUAGCAUAGCUGUUGGAGGUGGAUUUGCUUCUUAUCUUCUGGGUUUAAACAGGAAGACAUACGAAUUAUCAGGGGUGAAUACUGAAGGAAACUCAGCAGGUGAUGUAAAGGAGCCUGGAUUUGGUUGGAUGACUGCCUUCCUUUUUUUAGUCUGCUUUAUUGGGCUCUUUGUACUAAUUCCACUCAGAAAGGUCAUGAUAAUUGACCUUAAGUUGACUUAUCCAAGCGGCUUGGCUACUGCAGUUCUCAUCAAUGGCUUCCAUACCCGAGGCGAUGAGAUGGCCAAGAAACAAGUGCACGGAUUCAUUAAGUACUUUUCUAUCAGUUUCUUCUGGGGAUUUUUUCAGUGGUUUUUCUCAGGGAAAGAAGACUGCGGAUUUUCGCACUUUCCCACUUUUGGGUUGCAAGCCUUGAAACAGACAUUCUACUUUGAUUUUAGCCUGACCUUCAUUGGAACAGGAAUGAUCUGUCCCCAUAUAGUGAAUCUGUCUCUUCUUCUUGGAGCUGUACUCUCAUAUGGACUAUUGUGGCCACUUAUCAAUCUGCUUAAAGGAGAUUGGUUUCCUGAGAAUUUGGAAGAAACUAACAUGAAGAGUUUAUAUGGUUAUAAGGUCUUUCUAUCUGUUGCUCUCCUCUUAGGAGAUGGACUUUACACUUUCCUCAAGAUAAUGUUUGUGACUGGCUUCAGCAUUCUUCACAGAUUGAAGAGCAAGAAGCUUAAUACAGCAAGAGAAAGCUAUGAGCCAAAAGAAAAUCCAAAACAAGAUCAAAUUUUCAUCAGAGAAAGCAUACCCAUGUGGGUAGGUUUGGUGGGAUACAUCACUUUAGCCACCAUAUCAAUAAUUGUCAUCCCAAUCAUGUUCCCUCCCCUCAAAUGGUACUAUGUUGUGGUGGCUUACAUGCUUGCACCAUCUCUAGCAUUCUGCAACGCUUAUGGAGCUGGUCUCACUGACAUUAACAUGGCUUAUAAUUAUGGGAAAGUAGCGCUGUUUGUGUUAGCAGCAUUGUCUGCAAAAGAACAUGGAGUGGUAGCAGGACUUGCUGGGUGUGGUUUGAUAAAAUCUGUUGUAUCUGUUUCUUGCAUUCUGAUGCAAGAUUUCAAAACAGCUCAUUUAACUCUAACAUCUCCUAGAGCAAUGUUUGUAAGCCAAGCUAUUGGGACGGCAAUAGGGUGCAUAACAGCUCCACUUAGUUUCUUUCUGUUUUACAAGGCAUUUGAUGUGGGUAAUCCUUAUGGAGAUUUCAAAGCUCCUUAUGCCUUAAUCUACAGAAACAUGGCUAUUUUAGGUGUUGAAGGAUUCUCAGCCUUACCUCAACAUUGCUUGCAACUUUGUUAUGGUUUCUUUGCAUUUGCAGUCGGUGUAAAUGUCGUGAGAGAUUUCGGAACAGCUAAAAUAGGAAAGUGGAUGCCACUGCCAAUGGCCAUGGCAGUGCCGUUUCUUGUUGGAGCCUACUUUGCGAUUGACAUGUGCUUGGGGACGUUGAUUGUUUUUAUAUGGCAAAAACUUAAUGCAAAUAAGGCUGAGCUGAUGGUCCCAGCUGUGGCUUCCGGGUUGAUUUGUGGAGAGGGACUGUGGGUUCUCCCUGCUUCAAUUCUUGCCUUGGCUAAAGUAAAUCCUCCGAUCUGCAUGAAAUUUCUUCCCUCCUAAAUCACCUAUCCAUUGUACUAUCAUUAUACUAUUUACUUCAUGCUCAUGGAUAAAAUUUGUAACUUAUUUUCUUUUCAGGUGAUAUUAUAGAAUUCGAACAAAUACAAUUGAGUUAAAAA